UUUUGAUAAAAUGACAGAGAAAAAUAAAAACAAAACAACGCAGCUACAUUGUAAUAUAUAAGCGGGGAAAGAAAUUUGUUGUUCUCAAUAUUGCCAAUCGACAUUAAUCUUUGUGUUAUUUUUAUUUGUAUGCAUAGGCUUUUGCAACGAGCGUUUUCUACGCGAAUCGUUCGUGUAUUGCUCUCUGCAACGUCUUCGUUUGGCUUAAAAAUGGUGCGAUUCUUUCCAAAUCCCUAUGAAGAUCAACCAGACAUAGAAUAUAAUGUGAAUAAAGAGGAUGUUAUUAACACUAUCGAUGAACAUAUUGGCAUUAUAACAAAGAGAUUGCAACCGUCACGUAGGAACGUCGACGGUGGAUUAUAUGUUGGUGUUACCGGAAUUUCGUUCAUGUUUUAUUAUCUAUCCAAAAACCCCUUACUCUCUGAUAAAAAAACAUAUUUUAUAGAAAAAAGCAGAGAUUAUUUAAGUCCAGCUCUUGAAACAUCAGCUGGUGAUAAAACUUCGUUUUUACUUGGCGAUGCGGGCACAUACGCAUUAGCAACUGUUGUGAAAAAAGAAAUAGGAGACAAACAAUUCGUUGAAACACUCAAAACAUAUAAAUCUCUUUAUAAUUAUUAUUUAAAUCCCAAAUUCCUUAAGUGUGGAGGAGAUGAGUUUUUUGUUGGCCGAGCUGGAUACUUGGCUGGUGCCUUGUGGUUGAGCCGCGAACUUCAAAUGGGGGUGUUGUCUAAAGAAGAACUUUACAAGCUAUGCGAUAUAAUGGUUGCAUCUGGAAGGGAUUACUCUAAAAAUCAUAGAAGCCCUUGUCCAUUGAUGUAUCAUUAUUAUAACACUGAGUAUCUUGGGGCAGCACAUGGAAUAAGCUUUAUAUUGCAAAUGUUAUUGUCAGUUCCUGGAUAUUUAGAGCACAACAAGUCAGCUGCACAAGAUAUAAGAGCCACAAUUGAUUUUAUAGUAGCAUUACAGACUUCGGAAGGGAAUUGGCCGUGUUGUAUGGAAGAAGUUGAACUUUCUGAUCAUAAGUUAGUCCAUUGGUGUCAUGGAGCUCCUGGUACAAUAUAUCUUAUUGCCAAAGCUUUUGUUAUAUUCAAGGAUCACAAAUAUCUGGAUUCAUGUAUUAAGGCAGGGGAAGUUGUCUGGCAUAAGGGUUUGCUCAGAAAGGGUCCUGGUAUAUGCCAUGGGGUAGCUGGCAAUGGAUAUGUCUUUUUACUCCUCUAUAGACUGACAGGAGAUCAAAAGUAUUUACAUAGGGCAAAAUUGUUUGCAGAGUUUAUGAAUAAGGAAGAAUUUCUGAGGGAUGCUAGAUUACCAGAUAAUCCUGAAAGUCUGUAUGAGGGCACAGCAGGAACAGUGUGCUUUUUGUCAGAUCUAUUGCUUCCCGACAAAGCCGAAUUCCCUUUUCAAGAUGUAUUCUCCACUUAUGCCUUUUAAACAUUCAUUGUGUUUUGUUAAAUUGUCCCUGUUAUCCCAUUAUUGUUGUCAACAUGCAAUGUCAUUUCUGACAGUAAUUACUUAGAACCAUGUAAUUUUAUUGUCAUCAUUAUCUUUGUUAGUCUAAAAUAUAAUAUUUUCUAGUCA